AUGCCAUCCACCGCUUCUCUUCUCACCACCCACCUUCCUCUCCUUUCCCACCUCAUCCCCUGUACUCCUCUCGAUGCGACCUUUCUCCACGGCUGUCUUCACCUUCUUUACUGCGAUCUACCUCUGGGACCCGCCCUCGAGGCUCAACUCAGUGCUGAGCCCUUUGUCAAGCAUGUAGAACCCGGCAGAUUCAUCUUCCACUUCGAGGUCGACAGUGACCAUCUACCCGGACAUCGUCUUGCAGGUCACAUCCAACUGGUUCCCAUGGCCGUCCUCCCGGCCGCACCCGUCCCUUUAGCUCCAGCUCACCAAUUGCAGCUCCGAGCCAUCUGCGGUCAUCUUGGCGACAUCCUCUCCGCUCGUCAGCUUCGAACCACCUUUGCAAGCGGACAUUAA